GCUGGUGUCAAACAUUUAGUUCUUCAUAUUUAAAGUCUUUCUCUGUUAAGUGAUUUAAUACUGUGUGUAAAUCAUCCCCACGCUGUCAGGAGUUAAACUCUGGAAACAGGAAACAAGUUUGUUCUGUUUCUAUAUUUACACCAAAUGUGUCUGAAUUUUUAAAAUAUUAACAUGAAAUUGACUAAACUGAUCAGUUUCAUAUUCCUACAUGAUGGUUUCAGUUUCCAGGCUGCUGUGAACAGAAAUACUGAAGUUGAUUAAUUUAAAAAAAAAUUGAAACAUUUCAAGAACAAAAUGUAAGAUAUUUAAUCCCCAAACAAGGUCAGAGUGAGUGUAUAAAAGCCCACAGAGCUGUCGGAGAUUUUAUGUUUGAAAAGUAACCAAAACUAACUGGUGUAGUUUCACAUUUAAUGUCAUUUUGUUUAAACUGUCAAGAGUUUCUAGUUUUAAAAUGUUUCGGUUUAACAGAAUAUAAAGUGAUUGAAAUUGAUUAAAAACCAUUUUAAUAGUUGUAGUUCUCCGUGUGACCUGUUACUGUAGAUUUAAACAGGAACAACAGUCAGUAGCAAUAAUCAGUAUGUAGUUCUCUCUGUGACCUGUUGGCGGCGGCAUCAGCGCUCCUGUCAGACUCUCCCGGGGUUUUAGCAGCAGAAGAAGAAGCGGACCGGAAACUAAACAGAGCAGCGCGCGGCGGCAGGAAGGAGACUUUAUUCUGUCUGAAAGUAAACAACAACAAACAACAGGCUCAUGGACUCUGCACCUGGACCCCUCACCUGGUUACCGUUGGUUACAGCAUGGAGCCGUCUAAUUGGACACAUACUUCACUGACUCCAGACCUUCAGGCAACAGCAGGAUGUCAGAUUCUUCUGAUGAAGAUGACCAGAGGAAGGCGGAGUCUACCAGCAGGAUGUGGGUGGAGUCUCAGCCAGGUCCAUCCAGGUGUCAGCCCAGCAGACAGGGUUACUGUGGCUACUGCAGAGUCCUCUACAGCAACCUGGACCAGCACCUGUCCAGUCUCAGACACCUGGAUUCUGUCCGGGCGUCCUCCCGAGGCUCCAGCAGCGUCUCCUCAGCCAGCAGCAGCAGAACCAAACUAACCCUGCUAGAGCGCUUCCUGCAGGAUGUCCUGCAGCACCACCCACACCGCUACAACGACCCCAGGCCGUCUCAUGCCGACCUCCCAUCAGUCUCUGCCCCUCCGUUGCCGAGGGAGGAGCUUGAUGAACUCCAUUUAUCUGACGACAACAGCCGGUCACUGGGUACUCGUGAACACCUGUCCAGCUCUGAUGACACAUCCAGUCAGCCGGCCAAUCAGCAGGAAGAGGCCGGCACCUGCAGCCAAUCAGCAGACGGAGUCACAGAUGGGGCAAGACAGGAGCUGCUGUCUGCACCAAUCAGGGAGCAGGAGGGAAGAGAGACCAACCCUGCAGGGCACACACAGUCAUCACACACUCAUACCCCGCCCCCACACACUCAAGCUCUGCCCCCGCACGCUCAGGCCCCACCCUCUGUCCACAGGAAAGCCCACAGGAAGACGGACAGGAGGAAAAACAGCGACUCCUCCAACUCCUCACCUUCACCCUGGGGUCCUGGCUCUGGGCCCCAGGCCCCCUCAGAGCUGCGACCCUGGCUGAGGGUGGGCCCUGGCCCAUGUUCAGGCCUCGGCCCCGGGACUGGCUCUGAGCCCCGGGCCCCCUCAGAGCUGCGACCCUGGCUGAGUGUGGGCCCCGGCCCAAGUUCAGGCCUCGGCCCCAGGACUGGCUCUGGGCCCCGGGCCCCCUCAGAGCUGCGGCCCUGGUGGAGCUGGCAGAAGGAGAGGUGGGAGGCUCAUAAAGAGGAGGCCUUCUCCUCGGACCACACUGACCCUCUGGACCAAACCAUCGAGGAGGUGAUUCAGGUGUGUUGUUAUGGUGUCAGUUCCACUCCCUGCCAGCAGGAGGAGACAGAGAGCUUCCACAUCAGCCCUCCUCUCUCCCUGGGAACACAGAGUGACGACUGGGACUCACCUGUGCAGGUGGUUUUACAGCGAGGUCAAAAACUCAGUGACACACCUGUCCAGGUGAACCAGACCGAGGGGCAGGACCUCAGCCAUCUAAUGGAUGUUCAGGUGAACCUGGAGGACCAGGUGUAUUCGUACCAGCUAGACUCCGCCCUCCACAGUGAGCAGAGGGUAGGGGGCGGGGCCAGGCAGGACAAAGGCUUCUGGAAUCUUCCGAUUGAGGAAGUGCUGCCGGCACCGGAACAUAUCCCAGAAUCCUUCAGGGGGAAGACCUGGGCCCAGGUAGAACAGGAGGAUGAGCAGAAGGUGGACAAACUGGUCCGACAGUUCAGACGGGGACGAUUCAUCUGCUACUUCGACAGCGAGUCUCUGGCCAGAUACGGAAGGAGGAGCCAAAACAGGAAGGGGCACGGUGAGAACAAUGGGGCGGGGUCAGAUACCGGUGUCCUUCCCUUAUUGGACCAGGAUGAAGGUGACUCUGUGUGUGUCAGGAGGAGGAGGCGGAGCUUCAGAGUGGCGUCCAGGUGUCAGGUGGUCAAAGUGAGUCACAGCACUCAGACUGUGCGGGUGGUCGUCCCAGCUGUCCGUCAGCCAGAGGCCCCACCCACCGGUGUCGCUCCAGCCUAUCAGGACGUUGCAGAGAGGACUCCUGACAUGCAGAGCUGGCGCUGCCUUCCUCCAUCGUACUCGAACAUCAUCACGCCGCUGCAACCUCGCACCUCUCUGGUUUACCUGCUCUGUUCCCCCACUGGCCCUGCCUCUACGUGCACACCUCCACCAGGCUCCACCCCUAAACGCUGCAGGAAGAAGAGGCGUCCGCUUGACCUCCAGGGGUUAAAGGUCAAAUACAAACGUCUUCCUGUCAAGUUCUACGACCUCAGCAGCAACCGCAUCCUGAAGAACGCCCCCAAAGGCUUCCUGUGGCGCAGAGGCUCCGCCUCCUCCACUCCCCCGCCACCGUGUGUCCGUCAGCUGUUCCGUAGUCUGAGUCCAGACCUGAACACCGAGAAGCUGCCUGGGGAGGGGGGCUCCGGCCCCUCCGUGGUCAAAAGUCAGAGGUCAUCAGACAGUUUCAGCCACACCAAUGGCAGACACUUCAUCCUGGGCACGCUCAGAAGGGACUCCGCUCAGACUGAUAAACAGGACACGGUGAGGAGGCGGGGCAGGACGUCUCAAGCCCCGCCUCCACCCCCGCCUCCACCCCCUCCCACCAGGUCGGAGCAGGGGAGGGGGGGGCGGAGGGAGAGGACACGGCCGCCGCCCCCCAAGAGGAGAUCCAGGACUCAGGCCACGCCCCCACAGCCCAGGAGGGAAGGCCUGCGUCGGACAGGCACCUCCCUCCUGCCACCCCCACAGGCCCAUCCCCCCUCACCCCGCCGGGGGAGGGGCCGGAGGGGGCGGGCCUGUGAGAAGUCUAGAAGGUAGCACACCUUUUCGGGUAGUAAGUUACCUUUUCUUAAAGGUAGCAGGAUACCUGUUCACCAGCAGGUUACCUGUCCUGGAGCAGGAUACCUGUCCUGGAGCAGGAUACCUGUUCAGUAGCAGGAUACCUGUUCAGUAGCAGGAUACCUGUUCAGGUAGCAGGUUACCUGUUCAGGUAGCAGGUUACCUGUCCUGGAGCAGGAUACUUGUUCAGGUAGCAGGAUACCUGUUCAAGUAGCAGGAUACCUGUUCAGGUAGCAGGAUACCUGUCCUGGUAGCAGGUUACCUGUUCAGGUAGCAGGAUACCUGUCCUGGUAGCAGGUUACCUGUUCAGGUAGCAAGUCACCUGUUCAGGUAGCAGGUUACCUGUUCAGGUAGCAGGAUACCUGUUCAGUAGCAGGAUACCUGUUCAGGUAGCAGGAUACCUGUUCAGGUAGCAGGAUACCUGUUCAGUAGCAGGUUACCUGUUCAGGUAGCAGGAUACCUGUUCAGGUAGCAGGUUACCUGUUCAGGUAGCAGGAUACCUGUUCAGGUAGCAGCCUCAUUAAUAAACUCAGGAAAUUAAAGACAACAUAAAAGUCGGGUGUUUAAUGAUCAAAGAAUAAUGAUGUUAUUGUUAAAUCUGAUCGAUCUGAUUAUGAAAGAAGAAUAAAAAAUGUGUCAUCUGUC